ACACGUUCACUGCAUUUACUCAUAUUUAUCAGUAAUAAAGAACACAGAAAUCAGACAUCUGCUUCAGAAUUCUUUCUUCUGGGAUUGACAGAUGAUCCAGAACAGCAACUCAUCCUCUUUGGACUCUUCCUGUUCAUGUACCUGGUCACAGUGCUGGGAAACAUGAUGAUUAUCUUGGCUAUCAGCCUUGACUCCCACCUCCACACCCCCAUGUACUUCUUCCUGUCCAACCUAUCCUUCACUGACAUCUGCUUCAUCACCACCACAGUUCCCAAGAUGCUGGUAAACAUCCAGAGACAGAACAACAGCAUCAGUUAUACAGAUUGCCUUACGCAGCUGUACUUUGUUAUUUUUCUUGGUGGAAUGGAAAAUUUUCUUCUUGCAGCAAUGGCUUAUGAUCGCUAUGUGGCCAUCUGCCACCCACUUAGAUACACAGUCAUUAUGAAUCCAAGCAUGUGUAUUCUGCUAACUUUGCUCUCCUUGUUCAGUAGCAUAACAGAUGCCCUGUUCCACAGUCUGCUGGUGUUGCGACUCUCCUUCUGUACAUACCUGGAAAUUCCCCAAUUCUUCUGUGAACUUGCUCAGAUAAUCAAGCUGUCAUGUUCUGAUACCCUCAUCAAUAACAUAGUAUUAUACCUCGCGUCCGUAAUAUUUGGUGGACUUUCAUUUGGAGGCAUUAUUUUAUCUUAUACUCAAAUUGUCUCCUCGAUUUUGAAAAGGCCUUCAAUGAGAAGCAGUUAUAAAGCCCUUUCCACGUGUGGGUCUCAUUUGUCAGUUGUUUUCCUGUUCUAUGGCUCACUGUUUGGUGUCUAUAUCAGCUCUGCAGUGGCUGACUCUACAAGAAAGACAGCAGUGGCUUCAGUGCUGUACACUGUGGUCCCUCAGAUGCUGAACCCCUUUGUGUAUAGUCUGAGGAACAAAGACAUGAAAGAAGCCUUGAGAAAAAUAUGUGGUAGCAUUUUGUAA